AGAGCUGAACACACCUCAGUCAUGGAAUCUCACUUUUACAACCUGGAAUCAGAGAGUGAAUAUAUGGGCCGAAGAAAGGGUCGAAAACUAAUGGCUGAAAAACGGCGACGAGCCAGAAUCAACCAGAGUCUGACAGAAAUCAAAGACAUCGUAUGUGAAGCUCAACAACGAAACGAUCCCAACUAUGACAAGAUGGAGAAGGCUGAGAUUCUGGAGACGACUGUAGAUUAUCUGAGGAAUGUCAGGAAGAUCAACACAACACAUCAACACGUGAAAGAAGCAGUUCAAGCCAGAUUCCAACAUGGCUUCUCCAAAUGUGCUGAAGAAAUCCUCUCCUACAUCCAGUCUGUGCCGGGAGUGUCGGACAAUGUACAUCGUCAGCUGAGAAAACACAUCUCUCGACGUAUGACACACAUUCAGCAGGUGCCCGUGACGUCAUCAACAGAAGAUACGACGUCAUACACAAGGAACUGCUAUGAGAGACUGAGUGCAGAACCUUCCCACAAUUCCCAGUAUCCACAUCCGGCUGCACAUGCGUACAUGAGCGGGAGAGUGGACACUUCCCCUGUGAAGGAAGACAACAGUUUCUCAGACAGUGGAUAUGCUGGUUCUCCUGAUAUAACCAAACAGUCCACCCACAGAACUGGACACUAUCACCCUUCCAAUCUCUCAGAUUCAGAACUUUGUAAAAUCGAGUCAAGCAGAAUCCAUAAAAACUUUGAUGACUCGAGAGUUAGGGCGUGGCUCCAGAGCACGUGGUCUUACUCCCAACAAAUCAAGACGGAACAACAGGUUCCAUGGAGGCCCUGGUGAGCGGCUCCAUGUAUAACAUAGACUUGUUUGUCGUGUACAGUUAUAUACGUGUAUAAGUAUUCAAAACACGCAUCGUACAGUGCUUAUUCUAUAUAUAAACAUUCAUAUAUAUUGUCUGUGGUAUAAUACACAAUGUGAUGAAUAUAAAUAUAUAAAUAAAUGAAUUAUUUACAAACGUCUCAUGUUUAGUUUAUUGCA